AUGACGACACAUGGGGAAACUAUCGAUCAAUUGACAAGCACUCCGACUGCGACAACUCUAGACGAAGCUCUUGAUAUAUAUACAAUGAUUACGGAGCAGGAGACGAAUGAUGAGGAUACUAAUAAUAAUUCGAAUAUUAAUGGAAACUGUACAAUUGAGUUUGUUGACUUGGUUGAAGAAUUCGGGGAGAUACUGGGUUCACAGAUAAUCGACAACCUAACAAUACCUCUGCAAUGUGCCCCGUCGCCAACGCCAAAAGAAUCGACCACAUGGGAAAACUAUCUUAUGCUCGAAUCAAUCAGAGACUAUCUUCCAAGACAAAACAGUCUUUAUUAUUCUCCAGGUAUAGCGCAUUUUAAUGAUUAA